AUGGCUGACAUUAAAAAAGUUGUAGUUAAAAAUCCAAUUGUGGAAAUGGAUGGGGAUGAACAAACUAGAAUUAUUUGGGAUUUGAUCAAAAAUCAAUUAAUUUUACCGUUUUUGGAAAUCGAUUUAAAAUAUUAUGAUUUGGGAGUUGAAAACAGAGACUUGACUGAUGAUAAAGUCACUACAGAAUCUGCUGAAGCUACUCUAUUAUAUAAUGUUGCUGUCAAAUGCGCUACAAUUACGCCAGAUGAGGCAAGAGUUGAAGAAUUUAAUUUGAAAAAAAUGUGGCUCUCACCAAACGGUACAAUUAGAAAUAUUAUUGGCGGUACAGUCUUUAGAGAACCAAUUAUAAUCCCAAAAAUAAAAAAGAUUGUACCAAAUUGGGAAAAACCAAUAAUUAUUGGUAGACAUGCACAUGGUGAUCAAUAUAGAGCCACUGAUUUUGUAAUACCAAAGGAUUGUUCACAUGGUAAAUUAAAAUUAGUAUUCGAACCCAAGGCUCCAUCAUCAUCAACUGAGAAAAUAGAAAGAAUUGUCUAUGAAUUUAAUGGAAAUGAUAAUGGAGGUGUAGCAUUGGCAAUGUAUAAUACAACGAAUUCAAUCGUUGGUUUUGCAAGAUCUUCAUUUGAAUUUGCUUUAGAAAGGAAAUUACCAUUAUACUCGACAACUAAAAACACCAUUUUGAAAAAAUAUGAUGGUCAAUUUAAGGAUAUAUUCGAGUCAAUGUAUAAAGAAGAAUACGAAGAAAAAUUCAAAGCAUUGAAUAUUUGGUAUGAACAUCGUUUAAUCGAUGACAUGGUGGCUCAAAUGUUGAAAUCAAAAGGUGGAUUUAUUAUAGCUAUGAAAAACUAUGAUGGUGAUGUUCAAAGUGAUAUUGUGGCUCAAGGGUUUGGUUCAUUGGGUUUAAUGACCUCGGUUUUAAUAUCUGAUGAUGGUAAAACAUUUGAAAGCGAGGCAGCUCAUGGAACGGUAACAAGGCAUUACAGACAGCAUCAGCUUGGUAAAGAAACUUCAACAAAUUCUAUUGCUUCUAUUUUUGCAUGGACCAAAGGUAUCAUCCAAAGGGGUAAAUUGGAUAAUACACCAGAUGUAAUUAAAUUUGGUGAAUUAUUAGAAGCCGCUACAAUUGACACAGUCGAUAAAGAUGAUAUAAUGACAAAAGAUUUGGCAUUGAUCCUUGGCAGGACAGACAGAGCAAGUUAUGUCACCACUGAAGAAUUUAUCGAAGCAGUAGCAAAAAGAUUGAAAAACAAAUUUCUUAGUUCUAUUUAA